AUGAUAGUCUCUGGGCACGCGGUUACUUUAAUUCUGAUUGUAUCGUUGCUCGUUUCCUCUGAUAGUGAGCCCCUCCCAAAUAUCCAUGUUCGUCGUGCAACAGACGACAACUUCAACACUCUCAUUGACAAUCUCCAAAAACUGGCGCGUCUCACGAAUGGUGUCUCCCUAGAAAUCGGUCUUCUCGAUGGUUCCAUCCCCUCCGCUGACGUCAUCUCAGAACUUCUUCAUAUCGGAUCAGCUAAAGAUCUCAUUGACUUCAAUUCUACUGGAAUAGACGCUGCAAUUUCUGAAAUUCAAUCGUUGAGAGGGAAAUGGGAUGGCUCUCCGGAAGUGUUUGCUCUAGAGGAUCGAUUGGUGUUUUUGGAAUCGAUAAGGAGUUCGUUUGAUUGGGCGGAGCUUAAGAGUUCGGUGAGGAAGGAUGAGUAUAAGAAGGAGUUGGGUGUGGUGGCUACUGGAUUGAGAUCAAAAAAACAUGGGAUCAGUAGUAUUAUUGGAAAGAUAGAUGAAGCAAAAGGAUCAUUGCAAGGUCUCAUCAACAAAAAAUGGAUAAAAGUUACAAACCCAAUAGAGAUACAGUAUGCAACCACUCAAAUAUCCAAUCUGUCUUUCUUGUUAGGAAACGUGGAAGAUAUUGCCAAGAACCUAAACGCAACACUUUCUGAAUUUGAAUUUGCUCGGGAAAUCAUAUCAAAGUCUACCUUCCUCAAUGUGAUAGACCUAGAACGUAAUCUUAGAAUGAAUCUAUCAAUUUCGGUACCGUUUAAUGAUGAAUCUAUCAAGAAACUUGGUCAAAACCUCAAGACUUUCAAUAUGGUUCGAGAGAAUACAGUAACUGCUCACCCACAAAUCAAAAUCAUUAGAGAUUUGAUCCAAAGACGUCGAAGGUAUGAAUACACUGCUGGUCUACCUGAAGGUGCUAAAGAUUUGGACAUGUUGAAGAGUGAUGUUGAAGAUGAUUGGAUCGGGAAGCAUAUCAAAGAUAAGAGAGUGGUCAGUGAAGGUUUGAAGUUUGCAUUUUCGUUUUUUGAUGAGAUGAGCACAAACCUCAAGUCUAUUGAAUCAAAUUGGACGUUUCUAAGUGAUCAACCUAGAAAACUGGCUACUAAAUCGGUAAUCCAUAAACUUCUGGAAAUCAGUGACAUUUCAGAUAAUGUGAAACUAGUGGCUACCAUAGCAGUUCUUGAGCAUUGCGAUUCCACAAAAAUUUUACCAAUGCCUAAUAAUACAAAUGGCUUCGAUGAUAUAAUCACGAAAAUCAAUAACCUAAACCGCGAUAUCGUCACUUUUCUUGACUUCCAACAGAGAUUUAAUUAUAGCACAGAUCUCAAAGACUUGUCAGCACUCAAGAAUAUCUUCACACAAGCUAUGUCCUCAACAAAACCAAAAGUUGACGUUGUACCGGAUGUGGUGAAACAAAUAAUUGAGUCAGAUAGCUUCUCUUCAGUAAUGGAAAAGCUUAUACGGCUCCGUGACGAUCUGUCCCGUAUUGGAGAGCACUUGGAUAAUAUACCAGCAUUGGCUGAAGAAAUCACUGGUACUUUUAGUGUAAUCAAUAAUUAUUUCACUUCAUUAAACUACACGAGUUUUCUGAACUGCUUAGACGAGGUUGGAGAGAAUAGUGCGGAUUUGACAAGAGUUAUUGAAUUGGGGAGGAAGAAGAUUCUAGAAGAAUCGAAUGUCGAAAAACUGAGUUUGGUUAUGAAAAAUAUAAUUGAUUCAAAGAUUCUUCUAGGAAACACAAUAAGGUCUGCUGAAAAGAUAAAUAAAGUCAAAACUAGGGAACCGUUGGCAUUAAAAGAGUCUCUUCCAAAUGCAGAGAAAAUUUCGAGGAAUUUGGGGAUGGCUGUGCAAGGAUUAGUCGCAAUUAAGGUGGCCUAUGAGCAAAAUGAAAACCUGAAGCCACUGUUCGGGCGACCAAUGAAUAUUCCUGGUCUUCAGAAAACCUUCUAUCGUAUCGAUAACUUCCUGGCGACACUGAAUGAAACUCGAAGGAAAAGAGAGUCCGAGAAUACGGAUUUCAAGAAUUUCAAAAGUCUCGGUAUGAUUUUGAACCAUGCUGAUAGGAUUCCGGGGUUUGUGAAAACUAUCAAAGAUUCUUCUUUGAAUGAGACAUCACCUGAGAAACAAAAAGCACUGGAUAUCCUAAAGGGUCUGGAUCUGAACUUUGCGAAAUUUGGAUUCAGUGAAGCGAUUGAGUCACUCGCAGCCAUGGACCAGUUUUUCUUGGAUUACGUGAGAGUGAUGACUGCAGAACCAUCAACAAGAGUGUUUCUAUAUAAUACACAACCUCCUAAAGAAUCAGUACUUGUGGUGGAAAGGAAUCAGAAAAUUACGCCAGAAUCAAUUUCCGGAAAAACACUACUAAUAUGCACCAUAGUUACAUUUUUAAUUCUGUCGUGUCUUCUUCUAUUUGUGACUGUUCAAAUCGGCUGCUCCAAAUAUCAAAACGCAGGAAAGAACAAAGAAAAAUCGAGGAAGGAGAUGGUGACAGAGAAGAGUUCCCAAAACGACAACCUCAACACUCUCAUUGAAAACCUCCAAAAACUGGCGCGUCUCUCCAAUGGUGUCUCCCUUGAAAUUGCUCUUCUCGAUGGUUCAAUCCCUUCCGCUGACGUCAUCUCUGAACUUCUUCGUAUCGGAUCAGCUAAAGAUCUCAUUGACUUCAAUUCUACUGGAAUAGACGCUGCAAUUUCUGAAAUUCAAUCGUUGAGUGGGAAAUGGGAUGGCUCCCCGGAGGUGGUUGCAAUUGAGGAGCGAUUGGCGUUUUUGGAAUUUAUAAGAAGUUCGUUUGAUUGGGCGGAGCUUAAGAGUUCGGUGAGGAGGGAUGAGUAUAAGAAGGAGUUGGGAGUGGUGGCUACUGGAUUGAGAGCAAAAAAACAGGGGAUCACUAAUAUCAUAGGAAGCAUAGAUUUUCCGAAAGCAUUUUUGCAAAGAUUUAGUUCUAAUGGAGAAUGGUCUAAUGGAGUAGAUGCCACUAAAGUUGAUUUAGCAUUCAACAUAAUUACUAGUUCUGCAAAUACGCAAACUUUGGAGGAGGUGGAAAAUAUAGCAAAGAAUCUAGACGCAACACUUGCCGAAUUCGAAUUUGCUCUAGAAAUCAUAUCAAAGUCUACCUUCCUCGAAAUAUUAGACGAAGAGCGUCAUCUAAGAACCAGUCUAUCAGUUCCAGUACCUGUCACUGAUGAAUCUCUCAAAAAACUUGGUCAAAACCUCAAGACUUUCGAUAUGGCUCGUGAGAAGACACUAACUGCUCAUCCACAAAUCAAAGCGAUUAGAGAUCUAAUCCGAAGACGUCAAAGGUAUGAAUAUACUGCCGGGUUACCUGAAGGUGCUAAAGAUUUGGAUAAGUUAAAGAGUGAUGUUGAAGAUGAUUGGAUUGGAAAACAUAUCAAAGAUAGACAAGUGGUUAGGGAGAAUUUGAAAUUUGUAUUUUCAAAUUUCGAUGGGUUAAGUACAAACCUCAAAUCUAUCGAGUCAAACUGGACGUUUCUUAGUGACAAGCCAGGAAAACUUGCUACCAAAUCGAUAAUCCAUAAACUUUUGGAAAUCAGUGACAUGCCAGAUAAUUUGAAACUAGUUACUACCAUGACAACUCUUCUGCAUUGCAAUUCCAAUGAAACUCUACCAAUACCUAAUUCGAAUGGUAAUGAGGAGAUUUACAGUAACAUCAGUCUCUUAAACCGUAAUGUCGGAGCACUUCUUGGCUUCCGACACAAAUUUGAGUAUACCGUGGAUCUCAAGAACUUGUCAGAGCUCAAGAAUAUUUUUACACGGGCAAUGAACGCCACAAAACCAAAACCUGAAGUUGUAGCGGAUGUUGUUAGACAAAUAAACCAGACACUAAUCUUCCCAUCAAUUAUGCAAUUUCUCGAACGACUCCGAAGCGAUCUGACUAUAAUACAAAACUAUUUGGAUAGUAUUCCAGCACUGGCGGAUUACAUCAAUAGCACGUUUGGUGUCAUUGAUAAUUAUUAUAAUUCCUUAAACUACUCAACAUUUCUGGCCUGUCUGGGCGAAGUUGGUGAUGAUAGGGGGGAUCUGAAAGCAGUGAUUGAGUUGGGAAGAGAUGGGAAGAUUCUGGAAGAUGCUGAUGUCCAAAUGUUGAAUCAGACCAUGAAGAAUAUCAUAGAUUCAAAGAUUCUACUAGAGAAUGCUAUGGGAUCUGCUGAAAAAAUGAAGGCCAGUGAAGCCUUGUCACUCAAAAAGAGUCUUCCAAACUCCCAAGAAGUUUCCAGAAGGUUGGGGAUAGCAGUGCAAGGAUUAGUGGCAAUAAGGAUGGCAUAUGAGCAAAAGGAAGAAGUAAAGUCAGUUGUAAAGAAGAUUCCGGAACUUCAAAAGACCUUCAAUGGCAUCGAUAACUUUUUGGCGACCCUUAACAGAUCUCGAAGGAAGUUUAGAAGGAAAAGAGACCCCACAGAUUCAGAUUUCAAAAAUCUCGGUGGAAUUUUAGAUGAUGCUGAUAAGGUUCCAGGGGCUCUAAUUGAUCUUAAGGCUAUCAAGAUGGAUCCAACAUCCAAAACUUAUCUAGAAGUGCUUAGAGCCCUGGAUAUCUUGGAGAAUCUGGAUCUAAACUUUGGAAAAUUUGAAUUCAAAAAAGCCACGAAAUCCCUUGAAGACAUGGACCAGUUUUUCUUGGAUUAUGUGAAAGCGAAGACUGCGGGGGAGCCUACGACAAGGAUCCAUAAUCCCCAACCCUAUGAACCUGAAGUUACCGUCGACCCCGUAUUCUGGAGAGAACUACAGGAGUGGAAUUCGGCAACAGUGCGAGACGGAAGGAAGGUGCUUUUCGUUUUCUAUUGGGUUCUUGCUGCAAUUGCGAUAUUCCUGGUCGUAGGUUGUGCUAUCUUCUUGAUAUGGAUUAAUGUCAAAAGCUGCAUGAACAAGAGACGUCAGAAGUGGGAAGAAUCUCUAGCCCCGAAAAAUCUACAACUAGUGAACCAGGAGAGAAAAAUGAGUCCCGAGGAGUAUUGGAAGCAACCGAAUUUGUUGGAAGAGCAGGAGACGCAGAAAACCGACGAACAGCUGACAACUCUUCCAGUCGCAGUUGUUGCAGACAUCAAAUUGAAGAACGAAAGAGAUUCGAUGAUGCCGCGACAGUGGUGUGAUCAGUUUUUGAGUGGGAUAUGGAGAAUGGGAAAUUCGAAAAGCUCUUUGCCCAAAACCUUCCGAUGCCCCCCUGAAUCCCAUGUCAAAAUCACUGGAUUCCUUGACGCCUCCUACGAUGCAUGCACCAUGACGCUUGGACCAAAUACCGAUUGGAUUAUAGCCAAAGCGCCGUCCCGCAUGAGACGCGGGCAAGAUGUGCGGCAAUCUUCGCUGGCAAAGUUUUGGGCCAUCAUCUUUCAGCAUAACGUUCAAUUAGUUGUUCAACUAGGCAGAUUUGUUGAGAGUGGUCACGUAGCAUGUGCCAAAUUCUACCAAGGAGAUCCUGGAAAGGUGUCCAUUUACGGGCGGUACAAAGUGAGAACACUGAGUAUUCAUGCUAGUGGUGCACCACCUCAAGAGUUUGAGAUGUUCCGCACUAUGAUCUACUUCACGUUGUAUGAAAUUAAGAUUACUGAUUUGGAGGACAAAAAAGCGCCACCUAAAUUCACGCAAAUCAUUUGCUACAAAGAGUGGAAUCACCACGGACCGCCCAGGUUCUCGAACACAACUGUGGAUAUCGUCAAAUAUUGUGGAAUUGGAAAUAAAAAAGUGUUGGUGGUGUCACCGGAUGGUGUGGAACGUGCCGGCGCGUUUGUGGCGAUUAAGUUGGGUAUCGAUAUGUGUUUCAAGCAGGAAGUGACUAGUUUGGCUCAAGUCAUCCAACCAGUCGUCGAUGUCCUCUACGACGCCAUUCAGACCCCCAAAGAAGUGUUCUUCUGCAUCUACAGUAUCACCACUGGAAUCGCCAACGAAGCGUGUAUCCCCGAUCUCCCGGAAUACGAUGCCCUGUUGUAUUACUACCAGCAAUUCUAUCACGAACAGUAUCCCAUCGCAUAUUCGGAGGAUUCGGAUAAAGUGAGACGAUGUUUGAAUGAUAAACGAGCGAUGGAAAUGUUCUGCGCGGGAAUGCGUGAGAAUCGCCGAAGACGUGACAAGCAAUUGAAGUGGAAACCGAAGAAGAGAGUGGAAGAGCAAGAGGAUAGUGAUUAG